CUCUCUACCCACUCCCACUUCCACUCCUCUCUGCUCCAAAUCAAACACAAACUUCCACACAUCCCUGACACAGCCUCUUCACCCAAAGACGCUGUCGUUUUGAACUUCAAGCCUGUUAGAGCAACCACUUGAACAAACCCAUGGCAAUGUCUGUGGCCACGAAGCUCCAAUCCUCAAUUUGCGAGCCUCGCGCCGUUCUCGGUCCUGGUGGGAACAGAGUCAGGGUUUCGGAGGGACCUAAACAAAAGUGUGAGGGGCUCAAGAAGCCGCCGCAGAGGCCGAGAAAACCGGCCCCGGAGAUUCCGGUGUCGGUUGUGAAGAAAAACGUCUCCGUGGACAGCUCGUGUUCUUCGGAUACCUCUUCAACUGGCUCAUCUCCCAAGACGGCGAGUCCUAGAAAGACCGUAAGGCAUAUCAAGAGAUUCAGGCCUCCCAAGCUUGUCUCAAACGACGUCGUCAAGCCCGACGGUCCACCUAAGCGAUGUGAAUGGAUUACAGCAAACUCCGACCCACAUUACAUUUCUUUCCACGAUGAAGAAUGGGGAGUUCCGGUUUAUGAUGAUGAGAAGCUGUUUGAACUGCUAGUGCUUUCGCAAUCUCUAGCAGAACUUAGUUGGCCUGAAAUUCUUACCAAGAGGGACAUAUUCAGGAAUCUUUUUGAUAACUUUGAUCCUUCAUCCAUUGCAAAGUUUGAUGAGAACAAGUUGCUGUCACUUAAAAUAAAUGGCAUCCCAAUUCUAUCCCAACAAAAGCUUCGUGCAAUCGUGGACAAUGCUAUUCAAGUGGUGAAGAUUCAGCAAGAGUUUGGUUCCUUCAGUAAAUACUGCUGGAGCUUUGUCAACCAGAAGGCGAUCAACAAUGGAGUUCGUUAUGGACGCCAAGUACCAGCAAAGUCGCCAAAAGCUGAAGUUAUAAGCAAGGAUCUGAUGAAGAGAGGCUUCCGUUGUGUUGGUCCUACCGUCGUGUAUUCAUUCAUGCAAGUAGCUGGGAUUGUGAACGAUCAUCUUGUAACAUGCUUCCGGCACAAGGAGUGCGAUGCUAAUGCGAAGACGGAUGUGAAACUUGAGAAUGAGAAGUCCAAAGAUAUACUAAAGUGAAGCCAUGGAAAAGAAGAUCACACUUAUCCUGCCUAGACUGACUGAGCCAAACUUUGUACCUAAUCACAUAAAACCACCUAGACUAGAAAUUACUCUUAAGGUUAGAAGCAGCUGUAAUUUUCGACUCGCCCAUAACUGUUUUCUGGUUCCUACUAUCAUCUUGGUGCAUGCUUAGCUCAUCUGUACCCGCAUUGUGUCUGACAUUACGUAUGGAGGUGGUUUCUGUUAGACAAUAGAUGCUUGCACGUUAAAAUUAGCCAUCUUCUGUCGCUAUGUUUUGUAAAGUGCUUGUAUAGUUGCUAUGUUUUAGUCAUAUGUGUCCUGUAAUAAAUGUCUACAUAAUAUCAGAAAAUCCUGCUUAGUUCUUCUCUUC